AGCUCUCUGUCUGGACUUUGGCCCGCAGCCAUGCAGCGGCAGCAGAGACGUGUCACACCAGGUACAGCAGAGAGGCACGCUUCAUGAACUCCACAGAGGUUCACAUAUUUGAACCAGAAGUCUUAUGACUCCUGAAUGACAUGUUGUAGAUGUAGGGUUAUAAACCACUAAAAUAUAUACAGCCUCUUCUGAGCUCUGCACCUGGACUUUACGCUAAGACUUUAAGAUAAAAAGCUGGACUUUGAAUAAGAGGUAUCAUUUAAAGCAUCAGGAGAGGAAAAAGUAGGUUGAUUCUACUCUAUAGAGAGAGGAAGAGAGAACGAAGCCAUGGCCAUGUGGAGGACAGCCGCAGCUCUACUGCUAAUACUACAAACUGUGUUUGGCCAGAGCAGCAUCCGAUGGUGCACCAUCUCAGAGCCCGAGCAGAGAAAAUGUCAGGCCAUGUCGCAGUCGUUCGCCGGAGCCUCCAUUCGCCCGUCGCUCAGCUGUGUGAACGGUGCAACAGUCGAGGGCUGCGUUCAGAAACUGCAGAAAGCAGAAGCAGAUGCUUUGUCCAUGUUCGGCACUGACAUCUACAACCUGGGGAAGACAGCUACCUUCAAGAUGGCUGCCAGUGAAUCAAAACCUGAUCGAACCGGCGCUUCCUACUAUUCAGUUGCUGUGGUGAAGAAAGCAAAUACUGGCAUUAACAUCCACAACCUGGCAGGGAAAAAGAGCUGCCACACUGGUAAAGGCCGAACAGCUGGCUGGAACAUGCCUUUGGGGUAUCUCAUAGACCAGGGCUACAUGUCUGUGAUGGGCUGCAACAUCCCCGAGGGUGUGGCGCAUUUCUUCAAUGCCAGCUGUAUCCCCGGAGCAAACCAGCCGGGUGACCCUGCAUCGCUGUGUCAGCUGUGCAAAGGAGAGGGAAAUCACAAAUGUGAGAUGAGCAACAGCGAGCCAUACUUCAGCUACGAAGGAGCGUUCAGGUGUCUGGUUGACGAUGCAGGGGAGGUGGCCUUCAUCAAACACACAACUGUCGAGGAAAACACUGACACUCGCGGACCAGCAUGGGCACACAAACUGGUGUCAUCGGACUAUGAGCUGUUGUGUCGUGACGGCACCAGGGCCCCCGUCUCCGAGUGGAGAAGGUGCCAUUUGGUCCGCGUCCCAUUCCGCGGGAUUGUUGUCCGCAAUGACGUCACUCCUUCUGUGGUGCUCAACAUGCUGACGGAGGGCCUGGAAAAGUCGAGCUUCAACAUGUUCUCCUCUGCGGCAUAUGGCGGCGGAACGGUACUCUUCUCUGAGUCGUCCACCAUGUUUCUCGGGAGCGAAUCGGACGAGCCCACAAAGUGGAUGGGUCCCCACUAUACUAAUGCACUGAGAGCCAUGGACUGUAAACGGGAAGAUGUGCUGCGGUGGUGUGUGCUGACCAGCGGUGAGCAACAGAAGUGUGCCGCCAUGAGCGUGGCCUUUCAAAGUAAAGGUCUGUCUCCAGACAUCAAGUGUGUCUACGGGGACUCUGUGACUGACUGCAUGAAGAGAAUCAAGGAGAACGAGGCUGAUGCUGUUACUCUUGAUGGAGGUUACAUCUACUCAGCGGGGAAAGACUACGGCUUGGUCCCUGCUACCGGCGAGAGCUACACAGCGGAACGCGAUGGUUCCAUGUACUAUGCAGUAGCAGUUGUGAAAAAGAGCAGUCUUGACAUACGCAACCUUGACAGCCUGCGCGGCCUUCGCUCCUGUCACACCGGAUACGGUCGCACGGCUGGCUGGAACGUUCCCGCAGCGGCACUGAUGGAGAGAGGCCUGAUCACCCCUCAGCACUGCCAGAUACCCCAAGCGGUUGGAGGGUUCUUCAAGCAGAGCUGCGUGCCAGGUGCCAACCAGCCUGGUUUCCCCGACAACCUGUGUGGUGCGUGUGUUGGCGACAUUACGGGAAAGAACAAAUGUGAGAAGGGAAAAGACCUAUAUGAUGGAUACGACGGUGCCUUCAGGUGUCUCGCACAGGGCGAUGGAGAUGUGGCUUUCGUCAAACAUUCUACCGUCUUCCAAAACACUGAUGGUAACUCUGGUGAGUCAUGGGCAAGGGACCUCUUGUCUAAAGACUUCCAGCUGCUCUGCUCCCAAAACACUAAAGCAGAGGUCACACAGUACAGAUACUGUAACCUGGCCAGAGUCCCCUCCCACGCUGUAAUGGUACGGCCCGACACCAACAUCCACGCCGUCUAUGGACUCCUCGACCGCGCCCAGGAAUACUUCGGCAGUGACACAGGUCCUAAUUUCCAGAUGUUUGACUCACUGGCCUACAAGGGCACAGAUCUCAUUUUCAAAGAUUCCACUGUGCGCCUUGUGGGCGUUGCUGACAGAAAGACCUACCAGGAGUGGCUGGGCCAGGGCUACACUGACUCACUGCUCGACAUGGAGUGCAACUCCUCGAGUGCAGUGAUGUCCUCAGUGUGGCUGCUGCUGCUGGCCGGGUUCAGCUUGGUGCUAACCAACCUCUGGGUGUAAUGUGACACAGGUGCCCGACCUCAUCGCUAACUUCAACCUUCUUCAAAUCGUCCAUCAUUGCCUUGUCCAUUCCAAUUUAGCCCUGCUUUACUCAAAAGCCUUGAAUAAUUGUUUUAAAGAUUGCACUAUUUCUACUUGAUUUUGUGUCGUUUUAAUACACGAGAAAAUGGCAUAUUGGAACUGCCUUUGGAUUUAGAUAGUCUUAGUGGUAAAUUAAGCACACUGUUACCUGCUUUUGUGGCAGAUAAGAAACUUUACUUUGCCGAAGAACAUUCGGUCCGUGUGAAUCCAACACAAUGAGAGAAGGUGUUGCGGCCACUUUGUUUAUUGAAGGUGAUCUGCCAUAUCAGUGUGUAUGCUGCCACCUGUUACAUUGCUUUAGUGGUUUGCGUAUGCCUGUUUCAUUUUUAUAGAGAACAGACGAUCUGAUUUUUAACUUCACAUGAGUCACAUGUUUUAACUUCCGGUUCACCACAGAGUUCCUGAAAGGACCCAGGUUGCUUGCUUAGUGUACGUUUGAGAUAAGCGAUUGGGUCCAGUUGUCUUAAAAGACGAGUUUAUAGUUUUCCCUCCCUGGUACCUUAAAAACUGCAUUGAUUGUUACCUGCUGCGGAUCAUUUCGUCCCCCCCCCCCCCCCCC